AUGCUCCGCGCAUCCCUCGCCAAGUCCUCCCCCCCUGUCCUCGGCCGCUGCAUGACAUCGCUAGCCUCCGCCAAAAAAGAAGGCGACAUCUCGGAUGCAUUUACUUCGCUAUCCGGGGCCCAGCGCGAGCCUUUACCAGAUCGAUAUCGUCAGCUGAAACUCGCACUCCUACAAGGUCGAGAAGAUAAGAUUGUGCAAUCGUGGAAGAAGCUGCUUCGUGAGUUGAAGCGGGAGAAUGAGAUUGUUGCGAACAAGGGACCGGGUGUUAUACCACAGAUUGAGUUUAAGGAUCUUGAGAAGAGGAAUGAUGCAUUGAGGGAGGAGGUUAAGAAGAGAGGCGUUGUUGUGGUGAGGGGUGUUGUUCCGGAGGGUGAGGCGAGGGCGUAUAAGGCUGAGGUGGAGGAGUAUGUUGCUAGGAAUCCAUCUACACGAGCAUUUCCACCUCACGAUCCUCAAGUCUACGAAUUAUACUGGUCACCACCCCAACUAAAAGCCCGCUCACACCCAAACUUCCUGUCCGUCCAACAAAACCUCAUGUCCCUCUGGCACACCACAUCCCCAACAUCAAUCUCCCUCUCCCAACCCUUCAGCUACGCCGACCGCCUGCGUAUCCGCCAACCCGGCGAUGCCAGCUUCGCUCUCGGUCCCCACAUCGACGGCGGAAGCGUCGAGCGCUGGGAACCAGAGGGUUACGGCGCAGGACACGUCUACGACUCCAUCCUCCAAGGAAACUGGGAGACCUACGAUCCAUGGGAUGCAAGCGGCCGUGUCGACGCUGUGAACAAUCGGUACGAUGGAUUGGGUGCAUGUUCGAUGUUUAGAAUGUGGCAGGGGUGGAUGAGCAUGAGUCGUACGAAGCCUAGGGAGGGGACGUUGUUGGUUAAUCCGCUGGUGAAGCUAUCUAUGGCGUAUGUGCUGCUGAGGCCAUUUUUCAAGGCGAGGAGUGGAAGUUUGGGGGAGGGGUACUUGGAGGAGGGGAAUUGGGAGUUGAUGAGGGAUGUUGAUAGUGAGUUGCAGGGUGCGACGCCGGGGACGGGACAGGAGUUGACGGGGGAGUUGCAUCCGCAUUUGGAGCUUGAGAGGACGAUGGUCCACGUCCCUGAGAUACGACCUGGAGAUUUCGUAGCAUGGCACUGCGACACAAUCCACUCAGUCGACAAAGUACACGCCGGCAAAGCAGACUCUUCAGUGCUGUACAUCCCCAUCUGUCCGAUCACGGCGCAGAACGCAGAGUACAUGGUCCGUCAGCGCGAGGCUUUCCUCCGUGGCACGCCGGGACCGGACUUCCCUGGCGGUGCGGGGGAGGCCGGACAUGUGGGGCGGGGCACGGCGGAGAUGCUUGACGGAGCGGCUCGUCGGGCGAUGGGCCUGAGUGCGCUGAGGACGGAGGGGGAGGGGGAUGUUGUGAGGGAGGCGAAUCGGAUCCUUGGGUUUUAGGUGAUGGCCUCAAUUGUGAUUUCUUGUCCGUUAUUUCGUCCGUCACGGUCAUUUCUUCGGUUACCUGUCAUUUAUUUUUCACCCCGGUUAUUUCUGCAGUCAUAUUUGCCGGCC